ACAUUCUGCAAACGGAAAGUAGGGCAUUUGUUGAAGGAGUACUGAUUUUCAUCACAUGAUUCAAAGUUAUUGAAGUGAAGUGUAUAAUAAAUCUUAAUACAUUCCAAAAUGCCUGUUUGCGGCCCCAAACUUUCUAUUUGUGGUAUUAUACUGAGUAUAUGGGGUAUUAUUCAGCUGGGACUUAUGGGUAUAUUCUACUUCUUUGGAGCAGUUGCUCUAUCGGAGGACCUUCCAGAAGUAGAAUUUGAGCCAAAUAUGGAACUCUCAGACUUUUACUCAAAGAUUGAUGCAGGAUAUACACAGAAUGCCUACAACUGUUGGAUAGCAGCCUUAUUAUAUUUGGCCACUUUAGUAUUUUCAGCUCAACAGUUCUGGGCCAAUAAUCGUUCUUCUUUAAGUGUUUGAAGUUAAGUUUUUUAUUGCUUGUAAAUUUCAUUAGCUGUGGAAGUAUGUAAACAGAAACAAAUCUCUGUAAAUAGCUAUUUAAUAUAUGUGUAGACAGACCAAAAAUCCGAAUAUUCAUAGUGAAAUUCAAAAUCUGUGUCCUUACUACAGUAAAAGUUAAUACAUUUCUUGUGCUUA